AGAUAACUUCAGGCAUUGUUAAAAGCAAUUGGAGCGCUUGGCCCCUUUUCCUCGCUUCCCUUGGGCCCUCGACGUCGCCUGGUUGUUCAGCAGUCGGAGUUGUAACAUCUCUAGAACCAGGCAGUCUAUUGAAUGCAGGGAGCUCACCGUGACGUGACGUCAAUUGCUUGAAAGCUUCAAAGCGCAACUUCGAAGUUUUGGCGCCCAGUCGCAUCGAGCCUUCAACAACCAAGUCUACAACCCGCACGGAGAACUUUCGCGACAAUGUCUCUUCCACGCGUCUUCCAGCCGCGCCUGCCCGCCUUGUCGUCCACGUCCACGCCAGCCCUCCGACGAGCUCUUCCCCGGCCCCGAAGACCACAAAUGCGCCUCGAGUCGACCAAGCCGACGCUCUCCCCGUCGUCGCAGCCCGAGAUCACGGCCAAGCAGGCAAGCCGCUUCGACAAGGUCAUAACCCGCACGCAGCGCUGGCUGCCCAAGCGCUUCCACUCCCCGCUGCAGAACUUCCGCUCGGCGCCCGGGUCGCACAUGGUCGCCUUCCUCCUGAUCCACGAGAUCACGGCUGUCCUGCCGAUAUUCGGCCUCGUCGGGUUGUUCCAGUACUACGACAUCGUGCCCGCGGGAUAUGUGUUCGGGCCGUGGGCGCCGUACGUGCAGGACGGCGCGUUCAAGUUCCUGAGCUGGUUCAGGAAGAAGGGGUACUUCGGGCUGGGUGCCGAGGAUGCCAAGGCCGGCGAGGAGAGGUUCGAGAGGGAGCUGGACAGGGAGGCCGAGGAGCAGGGCGGAAGGGACAAGAAGUCCCACAGCGCCUGGGCGCUUUGGACCAGGAUAAGAGGCCAGAAGAAGGACGAGGCGGAGGCGGGAGCCGUGGAGGAGGCUGCCCAGCAGGCCAAGAGCAAGACGAGGAGGGCUGUCGAGUUGGUGAGGGAGAAGGCAACACUGCAGAAUACGGAAAACGGAUACAAAAUCGGGGUGCAACUGGUGGCUGCUUAUGCCAUCGUCAAAGUGCUGCUCAUACCGAGGAUAGCCUUUUCACUCUGGGUCACACCGUCCAUUGCAAGACUCAUGGUGAGGACGAGAAAGGGCCUUCUGAAGCGCUGAUGGGGAUUUCUGGAUGUUGUAUACCUAGACCGAUUCAAACAUGACACACCACUGCAUAAAAUACUAACAGAUGGCAUAUUGCAUUUCUACAGUUGAAACCAGUGGUUGGCAAGGGGCACGGCUUGCACCAUUGUCGGCUGUCUGAUCCUCGAGAACCCAUGUGGCCAACAUCUUUGACGAGCAAGGCAGUAGACAUGACAUCUUGUUUGAUAUCACGACAUUAUGUGAGUGAAGAAACGGU